UCAGCGCUUAUGCUGUACAGAUUUACUGCUCCGGUUUCGUCACACUGCUGCUAAGGUUAACCGAAACGGCGCUAUUCUUUGCUGCAUACAGAAAAGUUUAUAAAACAGUUUUUUUCGCCGCAUUAGCAUAUAUUGUUGUUGCGCAGUACUACAUAUGUUUAUCAUUUAUUCAUUCUCCACUUGCUGCCUUUCCGUAUUUCCGGCCUUUAUACGCUCAAAUAAACACAAUUUUUUUGAAACCGUUUCAAUAACGAGUUGAGCGCGAAACGUGUUGGUUGAUAAAAGCUACUCGUGGGAAGCUGUAGUUUUAACGGAAAAAAUAAUUAUAUUUUCAAAACUGUAGAAAAGCAGUGUAUUUUAAGCAGUUCACACUACUAUAUAAGUGCAGAUGUGCAAAUAAAUCAAAAUAAAAAAUUACUUUUUCGAGUGCGCGCCCAUGCAAGUGAAGCCAAUCGAAGCCCAAUUUGUAGAUCGAACUAAUUAAAUCUGUCCGUUUUCGCAGUUGGACGCUUAAACUUGUCUAUUAGCGUCAACACUGACGCAGAACUGUCUGCGCUGAAUGUGCUGUGUGUACAACAACAAUAAGUGUGUUAAAGCUUUUAUUAAAAAUAUACAGGUGUGAAUAAAAAUAAAAAAAAAAAAUAAAUAAACAAUGCGCCGGUGGAGUUGUUUGCUGAUUUUGUAUACAUUUUAUAAAGUCAUCCUCGGCAUUUCCCUGUCCACCGGUGUGCCCAAAUGUAAUUGCAUACCCGUUAAAGAGUGCGAACCAAUUGCUUAUUUGCUCUUGAAUCACAAACCACAUGAAGCUGACAUGAUAUACAAAAUAGUACAGAGUGCCGGUUGUGGUUAUGCCGGUCUGGAUCCGCUUGUGUGUUGCCCCACCACCUAUGCAAACCACAAAAUUACGACGCGACUACAUGCAACCGACAUCGAUGCCUACCGCAGCACAGAUCCCGAUGUUUGGGUGUGGGGCAGUACACAAUUUCCAACACGCAUUGACGCACUCACCGAAAUGUUGUUGGCCGCAAGCUCCACCACCGAUGGCAGAACAACUAAACGCAGAUCUAAAGAAUUUUACGAUGAAACGGAUGUGUUUGAUUUUAUAGAUCCAAAAACACAAAGAAACUUUCCACAUUCAUUCUACGAAGAAUCAGUUGCCUCCCAUGAAGUGAAUGGUGAGGGAAAGAAACACUACGGAAGUGGAGGUUCGGAUCAAAAAAAUUUCAAGCAACAUUCACAUAAGCAUCACCAUAAUUUUGGCGAAGAUAGUUACUUUCCACAUCACAAUCACCAUCAUGAAUACGAAUACGAUCGUGAAAAUGUGUACGAUAGCAAUGAAUAUGGCGCAGGUGAAGAGGAAUAUCCACGCAUUUUCUUUAGACCCAUCAAUGAUGGUCCCAUUGUUUAUCCGGAUGAUAGACGCUUAAAUCGGCCACUAAAAUUUCCAACAAUAACAGUAACAACAACAACUACGACGACUACAACAACGACAACCACUACUAAGAAGCCAACGCGUAAACCGUUAGAACAAUCCAAAGUGAAUGUAGCACGCUGUGGCAUGCCUGAUAUGGACGCCGGCACUGGCGAACGCUUGUACCCCUGGAUUUCGCGCAUAGCAUACAUUAAUAAAACCAGCAAUGUCAUCAGCUACCGUUGUUCCGGUUCCGUUGUCAGUCAAUCGCAUAUUCUCACCGCGGCGCACUGUGUCAUAAAUCUCGUGAGCGAUCUGCAGCUCUCUCAUGUGCGCAUCGGCGGUGUGGCACUGUCCCCAAAUUGCACUGCCAACAGCACCGAAAAUUGCACUAUUGCAUCGCGUAUCUAUCAAAUCGCCGAAGUACGCGUACAUCCCAGCUAUGAUCAGCCGAAGUACGCCAAUGAUAUUGCAUUGGUGAAAAUUAUCGGCGAAGCCAAUGAUUACACACCCAUUUGCUUACCACCAAAUCUAUCGGCUUCUGUACGUGAUCAGCUUAUAGGCAGCCCUGGUAUAGCGCUCGGAUGGACAGCGGAUGUUGAAGGUAGCGACACAAGUAGUCCACGGGUGCGUUAUCUGAAUUUGCCGAUCGUAAAUACGACUGAGUGUGCAAUUACCUAUGCGAAGUUCAGUGAGAAUUUCAAUGAUCCCAUCGUAAUCACGCCUUCACAGUUGUGUGCUCAAGGUGGCCCAAUGAAUGACGUUUGUAGAGGUGACAGUGGUGGUCCGUUCAUGGAUGAUGGUUCCUCCGGUCUCAUAAAUACAAGUGGCCGUCAUACUUUAUUGGGUAUUGUGGCUUUCGGACCGACAAAGUGUGGUAUGUCGAAUAUACCAGGAGUUUAUACGCGAGUUAGCUCCUACUUAGGAUGGAUCAUAGAAAGUAUUAGCUUAAGUUAGAUUGUUUUUUUUAGCAACAUACAUUACAAUUGUAUUAUAUAAUUUUUGUUUAUAAAAUUUCUUAUGACAUUGUUAAAUAUUAAGAAUUGAAUAAAUAUUUAUUUUAGAAGUA